UUCAUGCAUCAUCCCACAUUCAUUGAUCGGUGGUACGCGAAGACACGAGGUGGGGACAUCACCUGUUCGAUUCAUCAGGGGAACUUUCAGCACCGGAGGAGAAACCCAUUUUCAUAGGGAGAGGCGCUCACCGCAUCGCGUUGUGUAGAGCAGUUCCGUUUUGGCUGUCGCACUGGACUUCAUUGGCUGGAGGCGAUGUGGAAUCCUGCUACGUCGCCGAGGACCCCGAUUUUAUACGAGCACUGGGUCUCUGAGGGUGAAUUCUCCUAUUGGGAUGCCACUCGACAUGGCUCGUCUCCUUCCCAAAUGAGCCUGACAGAGGGCUUCAUUACACCUGUUUCAAGUAGGGAUCAAAACUGUGUCAUCAUACCCUUGCAUAGUCCCCUACCAAAAUUGGAACAGAGUAACGUCAAGCAGCCAACAAAGGAAAUUGAAGGAAGAAGUACUCCUCCAUCUAAUUUUUCGUCUCCCAUAAUUAGAGUUGAGAGUGGUUCUCAAGCUCAUCGGCGUUCACCUGAGAAACGGUUCCUUAGUCCUGGACCAAUUUGUCGGAUAUGUCACGAUGGAGAUAAGGAGGAAACAUUACUCUCACCUUGCAACUGUAGUGGUUCAAUGCAAUUGGUUCACAAAAGUUGUCUUGAAAAAUGGCUCUCUGCAUCCAAUUCUGAACAUUGUGAAUUAUGCAUGAAAGAACUUCCUGUACGUAAAGAGGCACGUCCUGUUUGGCAGUGGUUUAGCAUGACGAGUUCUGCAGAUGGACCACAAGGUUUUUAUGCAGACCUAACAUGUGUUAUUUUGCUCACUCCCCUCUGUCUUCUUUCAAUUUACCUCUGUGCCAUUGGUGCUGCAGAUUACAUGAAGCAUGGAGUGUGGGAGGGAACUGGAUUAGCAGCUCUAAGUUGCUUUUUGCUUGGCACAUAUGUUAUUUGGUGCUACAUAACUAUUAGAUUUCAUUGGCAAACUCUGCAAAAGUGGAAAACAUCCAAUCAAGUGGUACAUUUGUUGGUAAAGGACUGCAAGAGAAGAGAUCAAAUACUUUCCAGGGUUUCUGAUUCUUCCACACCCAAAAGUACUUUGAUACAUGCAAAUGGGUGGAACUCCCCUCCAGAAGUUCAUGUUUUCCUGCCUACCACAUAUCAGAAUUCCCCCUCAGAAAUCCGUACAAACCAUCCAAAUGUUAUGGAUUCUUCAAUUCGUGGGUUUAUUGCUCCGUCUUUUUUAUGAGAUCAAGGCUGCAUCUUUUCUACUACGUUUUAAUCUUUGUAUCAAAUUAGUAAUUUAAGGUAGUUUUAGUCAUUGAACAUUGUUUAAUGAUGUUAUGUAACACAAGAAAUAUUGUACAAAAUUCUAUUACCACUUUGCGUCAAUCUAGUCAUAUCAAAUGUGAUUAUUUUAAUCUUUAACUUUUAAAUUUUUUGAAUGAUAAAAUUUAAUAAAGUCAAAACAGAACAUCAUGA